CGGCGGCGGCGGCGAGCGGAGCCCGGAGGACGCGGAGGAGGGGGAGCCGCUCAUUCAUUUUUACUCCGCGUUUCUGCCCCCGGCCAGCCUCGCCCGCGACCGGGACUUCGGGGCAGUCCUGCGAACUGCGUCGCGCCCUCCCGCUGCGGCGGCUCGGGUGCCGGACAGCCUCCCCCUGCGUCUGGGCUCGGGUCUGUUUUCCUCGCCCAGACGAAUUUGGGCUUUGCCCCCUUUCUUUGCAGUGUCCCCCCCUGCCUGCCUCUCUGGGUUUGAAAAUGGAGGCCGACGACGCCGACAGCCCGCCCCGGCGCGCCCCGGGUUCCCGAGUCCGCCGAGCGCUGCGCCGAGGCUGCCGGCGCUGAGGGCCCGUCCCGCGCCGCCGCCCGCCCCGUCCGCGCAGCCGGCGGGGCUCCGGCCGGCGCCGCCUUUGGACUAUUGUUUCCUUCGCCCUUGUUUUUGGAGGGGGGCGAAGACUGAGUUUGCGACUUUUCCUUCCCUCCCCCCACCCCCUUUUUUUUUUGGAGAAAGGGGAAUUUCGUCCCAAAUAAAAGGAAUGAAGCCUGGCUCCGGAGGAGGGUCCCGGACCUCGCUGUGGGGGCUCCUGUUUCUCUCCGCCGCGCUCUCGCUCUCGCUCGGGCCGACGCGUGGAGAAAUCUGCGGGCCGGGCAUCGACAUCCGCAACGACUAUCAGCAGCUGAAGCGCCUGGAGAACUGCACGGUGAUCGAGGGCUACCUCCAUAUCCUGCUCAUCUCCAAGGCUGAGGACUACCGCAGCUACCGCUUCCCCAAGCUCACGGUCAUCACCGAAUACUUGCUGCUGUUCCGUGUGGCCGGCCUCGAGAGCCUGGGUGACCUCUUCCCGAACCUCACUGUCAUCCGAGGCUGGAAACUCUUCUACAACUACGCCCUGGUCAUCUUCGAGAUGACCAACCUCAAGGAUAUCGGGCUUUACAACCUGAGGAACAUUACUCGGGGGGCCAUCAGGAUCGAGAAGAAUGCCGACCUCUGUUACCUCUCCACCGUGGACUGGUCCCUGAUCCUGGAUGCCGUGUCCAACAACUACAUCGUGGGGAACAAACCCCCAAAGGAAUGCGGGGACCUGUGUCCAGGGACGAUGGAGGAGAAGCCAUUGUGUGAGAAGACCACCAUCAACAACGAGUACAACUACCGCUGUUGGACGACAAAUCGCUGCCAGAAAAUGUGCCCCAGCGCGUGCGGGAAGCGCGCGUGCAGCGAGAGCAACGAGUGCUGCCACCCCGAGUGCCUGGGCAGCUGCAGCGCGCCCGACAAUGACACGGCCUGCGUGGCCUGUCGCCACUACUACUACGCCGGCGUCUGCGUGCCCACCUGCCCGCCCAACACCUACCGCUUCGAGGGCUGGCGCUGCGUGGACCGCGACUUCUGCGCCAACAUCCCCAGCGCCGAGGGCAGCGACUCCGAGGGCUUCGUGAUCCACGACGGCGAGUGCAUGCAGGAGUGCCCGUCGGGCUUCAUCCGCAAUGGCAGCCAGAGCAUGUACUGCAUCCCUUGCGAAGGUCCUUGCCCCAAAGUCUGUGAGGAAGAAAAGAAAACGAAGACCAUCGAUUCUGUUACUUCUGCUCAAAUGCUCCAAGGAUGCACUAUCUUCAAGGGAAAUUUGCUCAUUAAUAUCCGACGAGGCAAUAACAUAGCCUCGGAGCUGGAGAACUUCAUGGGGCUCAUUGAGGUGGUGACGGGCUACGUGAAGAUCCGCCAUUCCCACGCCUUGGUCUCUUUGUCCUUCCUAAAAAACCUUCGCCAAAUCUUAGGAGAGGAGCAGCUAGAGGGGAAUUACUCCUUCUACGUCCUAGACAACCAGAACUUGCAGCAGCUGUGGGACUGGGACCACCGCAACCUGACCAUCAAAGCUGGGAAAAUGUAUUUCGCUUUCAAUCCCAAGUUGUGUGUCUCAGAAAUUUACCGCAUGGAGGAAGUGACAGGAACAAAAGGGCGCCAGAGCAAAGGGGAUAUAAACACCAGGAACAACGGAGAGAGAGCCUCCUGUGAAAGUGACGUCCUGCACUUCACCUCCACCACCACCUGGAAGAACCGAAUCAUUAUAACCUGGCACAGGUACCGGCCGCCUGACUACAGGGACCUCAUCAGCUUCACUGUCUACUACAAGGAAGCACCCUUUAAAAAUGUUACGGAGUAUGAUGGGCAGGAUGCCUGCGGCUCCAACAGCUGGAACAUGGUGGACGUGGACCUCCCUCCCAACAAGGAUAUCGAGCCUGGCAUUUUGCUGCAUGGGCUGAAGCCCUGGACACAGUACGCUGUUUACGUCAAGGCUGUGACCCUCACCAUGGUGGAGAACGACCACAUCCGUGGGGCCAAGAGUGAAAUCUUGUACAUUCGCACCAAUGCUUCAGUUCCUUCCAUUCCCCUGGAUGUUCUCUCUGCAUCAAACUCCUCUUCUCAGUUAAUUGUGAAGUGGAACCCGCCUUCUCUGCCCAACGGCAACCUGAGUUACUACAUCGUGAGAUGGCAGCGACAGCCCCAGGACGGCUACCUCUACCAGCACAAUUACUGCUCCAAAGAUAAAAUCCCCAUCAGGAAGUACGCCGACGGCACCAUUGACAUCGAAGAGGUGACAGAGAAUCCCAAGACUGAAGUAUGUGGUGGAGAGAAAGGGCCUUGCUGUGCUUGCCCCAAAACCGAAGCCGAGAAGCAGGCUGAGAAAGAAGAGGCUGAGUACCGCAAAGUCUUCGAGAAUUUCCUGCACAACUCCAUCUUUGUGCCCAGACCUGAAAGGAAGAGGAGAGAUGUCAUGCAGGUUGCCAACACCACCAUGUCCAGCCGAAACAGGAACACCACAGUGGUAGACACUUACAAUAUCACCGACCCAGAAGAGCUCGAGACAGAAUACCCUUUCUUUGAGAGCAGAGUGGACAACAAGGAGAGAACUGUCAUUUCUAACCUCCGGCCCUUUACUUUGUACCGCAUUGAUAUCCACAGCUGUAACCAUGAGGCUGAGAAGUUGGGCUGCAGCGCCUCCAACUUUGUCUUUGCAAGAACCAUGCCCGCAGAAGGAGCAGAUGACAUUCCUGGGCCAGUGACCUGGGAGCCGAGGCCCGAAAACUCCAUCUUUUUAAAGUGGCCGGAGCCUGAGAAUCCCAAUGGAUUGAUUCUAAUGUAUGAAAUAAAAUAUGGAUCCCAAGUUGAGGAUCAGCGGGAAUGUGUGUCCAGACAGGAGUACAGGAAGUAUGGAGGGGCCAAGCUUAACCGGCUCAACCCAGGGAACUAUACGGCCCGCAUCCAGGCCACCUCUCUCUCUGGGAACGGGUCAUGGACAGAUCCCGUGUUCUUCUACGUCCCGGCCAAAAUAACGUAUGAAAAUUUCAUCCAUCUCAUCAUUGCUCUGCCGGUUGCCGUCCUGUUCAUAGUAGGAGGGUUGGUUAUAAUGUGCGUCUUCCACAGAAAAAGAAAUAGCAGCAGGCUGGGGAAUGGAGUGCUGUACGCUUCUGUGAACCCGGAGUACUUCAGCGCGGCCGAUGUGUACGUUCCCGACGAGUGGGAGGUGGCCCGGGAGAAGAUCACCAUGAGCCGCGAGCUGGGGCAGGGCUCCUUUGGGAUGGUGUACGAAGGAGUUGCCAAGGGCGUGGUCAAAGACGAGUCCGAAACCAGGGUGGCCAUUAAAACGGUGAACGAGGCCGCCAGCAUGCGCGAGAGGAUCGAGUUCCUCAAUGAGGCUUCGGUGAUGAAGGAGUUCAACUGUCACCAUGUGGUGCGGUUGCUGGGCGUGGUGUCCCAGGGCCAGCCGACCCUUGUCAUCAUGGAACUGAUGACGCGGGGGGAUCUCAAAAGUUACCUCAGGUCUCUGAGGCCAGAAAUGGAGAAUAACCCAGUCCUAGGACCUCCAAGCCUGAGCAAGAUGAUCCAGAUGGCUGGAGAGAUUGCAGAUGGCAUGGCGUACCUCAACGCCAACAAGUUUGUCCACAGAGACCUCGCUGCCCGGAACUGCAUGGUAGCCGAAGAUUUCACAGUCAAAAUUGGAGACUUUGGUAUGACGAGAGACAUCUAUGAGACAGACUAUUACCGCAAAGGAGGAAAAGGGCUGCUGCCCGUGCGCUGGAUGUCCCCCGAGUCCCUCAAGGAUGGAGUCUUCACCACUCAUUCUGACGUCUGGUCCUUUGGGGUCGUCCUCUGGGAGAUCGCCACACUGGCCGAGCAGCCGUACCAGGGCUUGUCCAACGAGCAAGUUCUCCGCUUUGUCAUGGAGGGCGGCCUUCUGGACAAGCCGGACAACUGCCCUGACAUGCUGUUUGAGCUGAUGCGCAUGUGCUGGCAGUACAACCCCCGGAUGAGGCCUUCCUUCUUGGAGAUCAUCAGCAGCAUCAAGGACGAGAUGGAGCCCGGCUUCCGGGAGGUUUCCUUCUACUACAGCGAGGAGAACAAGCCACCCGAACCGGAGGAGCUGGAGCUGGACCUGGAGCCGGAGAACAUGGAGAGCGUCCCCCUGGACCCUUCCGCCUCCUCGUCCUCCCUGCCGCUGCCUGACAGACUCUCAGGACACAAGGCCGAGAACGGCCCAGGCCCUGGGGUGCUGGUGCUCCGCGCCAGCUUUGAUGAGAGGCAGCCUUACGCGCACAUGAAUGGGGGACGCAAGAACGAGAGGGCCUUGCCUCUGCCCCAGUCUUCGACCUGCUGAUCCUCGGAUCCUGAAUCCCGUGCAAACAGUAACGUGUGUGCACGCUCGGCGGCGGGUGGGGGGGAGAGAGUUUUAACAAUCUAUUCACAGCCUCCUGUACCUCAGUGGAUCUUCAGAACUGCCAUUUGCUGCCCACGGGAGACGGCUUCUCUGCAGUAAACACAUUUGGGAUGUUCCUUUUUCAAUAUGCAAGCAGCUUUUUAUUUCCCUACCCAAACCCUUAACUGACAUGGGCCUUUAAGAACCUUAAUGACAACACUUAAUAGCAACAGAACACUUGAGAAUCGAGUCUCCUCACUCUUUUUCAUCUCUCUCUCUCUCCUCUUUCCGCUUCAUAAUGGAAAAAUAUUUGCCGCCAGCUAAGCUGAGACAUCCGUUUGACCAGACUGAGUAAAUGGUUGUCCCUCCCCGUGGCCCCACAGUGCCCCUGUACACACCUGCCUGACACCAUAGGUCUUUAUAAAAAUCAUGUUGAGAUGGACUUUUUAAUUGUAUCUUUAACCUUUUUAGGGACACAAGUAAUUUAAAAAGGGCCAUCAUUCACCCAAGGUUGUCACCAUUUCAUUGCUGCCAAAUUCUACCAAAACCCUGAAGUUUCUCCCUCACAAUCCUUGCACUUACUUUCUUGUUCCCAGAGGCACGGGGCGCGUGUGGCAUCUAGUCACUCCGUUGAAGAGCCUCGUUGGUGAUGCACUCCAUCCCAUCAUCCCCUGGCGUUCUCUUCGGGUCUCAUGUUCACAUAGGUCCUAUUGCUUUUGACUAGGUUAUUACUGGGGGAACUGGACAGAAUGGGAUUUCUCUUGGUGAAGAUGGGGAGAAGCUGAACUGGCUUCCCUGGCCCACUUCCCUACCCCUACUCUUAUCCCCACAGGAAUUCUGGAGAAAACAGGCCCUGUCGAGAACCUGAAGACAGGCUUUGGGUAAAGGUUUUCCAUGUGCCAGUCUCCUGUCCCCGCUCCCGGCCCCCCAAGACACAGAUGGGAAGGGGUUUCCAGGGACUCAGCCCAACCGUUUAUGCAGGUUUGCAAGGGAAGAAAUUCAAACACCACAAAACAGUAAGAAGAAAAGCAGUAAAUGAAUUCAAGCAUUCUAAGCUUUGUUGACAUUUCCUCUGUUACUAGGACUUCUUCAUGGGUCUUACAGUUCUAUGUUAGACCAUGAAACAUUUGCAUACACAUUGUCUUUAAUGUCACUUUUAUAACUUUUUUACGGUUCAGAUAUUCAUCUAUACGUCUGUACAGAAAAAAAAAGCUGCUAUUUUUUUUGUUCUUUAUCUUUGUGGAUUUAAUCUAUGAAAACCUUCAGGUCUACCCUGCUUCCCUUUCUGCUCACUCCAAGAAACUUCUUAUGCUUUGUACUAGAGUGCGUGACUUUCUUUCACUUUUUCCGGUAAUUGAUACUUAUCGAACAUAAUUUGCCAUGAACUGUUUGAUGCCUUUUUAUACAUACACACCCCUCCCCCUGCCCUGUUGGCUACGUUCUAACCCAUAGGCUCUGUGGGCACGAGGCUGGUGAGGGAAGGAGACGGAAAGAGGGCACGGGCCUGCAGGGCCGCGCACCCGCUUUCCUCAGCCUGCCCUCACAGCGCGUGAGUCUGUUACUGCGCAAGACACGAUACAAACUCAGGUCAGAAAAAAAGGUUAAAUAUUUCGUACAUCCUUGUUCAGUGUUUAUGUUCACCAUUGUUGAGAAUUCUCACCUUCUCUUUCCCUGCCUUUGUUUUGGUUGUGACACACAUAUAUCUAUUUUUUUAAUUCUUGGGUACAACAGCAGUUUUAACUGCAGACAGUAGGCAUUUGGAUUACCUUAUUUUUUUUAAUGGCUAUUUAAUCCUUCCAUCCCUUGAAAAACAGCUGCUGAGUCCCUGGGUGCAGCAGGCUGCGGUCUCCUCGGUGGCCCUCUGCCACCACCCUCCAGUCUGACCUGUCUUUAGAACCAGAAAACACGCAGGGACUUGGCUGGUACUGGCAGGGAGGGGCACAGGGGCAGCACCCACAGGGCAAUGGCCAGCCCCCUGCCAGUCUGCAGCCGGGGGGUCAAGAGCUCCCCAAGGAGCAGGGCCCUGGCGCAGGCGUGCAUUUCCGUGGCCGGGAACCCAAGUCCUAGGGCCCGGGGGUCUUGUUUAAUUCUUCGCACUUCUCACCACAGUGACGAUAGCUCAAGAGAGGCUCCUGGGGUGGGAAUGUGUAAGUUAUGAGUAAGAACAAAGCUAGAAUAUGAUGACCGCUAGUUGUGACUGGAGAUUAAACAUAAAAAGGAAAGUUUGUAGUGCUUUUUACUUGUCAGUAGUUUGGAUCCCACUAUUUUCUCUAGCCUGUGUCCCAUUGUUUUUCCCUUUUUAAGAAAUGAGAAAAAGAAAAAAGUGAAUUCAGAAGGUAUUAUAUGUAGGAGUUUUCUUUUAAUUUAUUUUGUGAUACCAGUUUCAAUCACUGUAGAGAGGCCCCAUUAUGAAUUUAAAUACUGAGAAAAGGGUUUUUGUGUGUGUGUGUAUGUGUGUGUGUGUAAGACAGGACAGUUUUUGGUUUGGGGUUUUGUUUUUUUUCAAACAUUUAUCUACCUCACUCUUAUUUUUUUUAUGUGUAUAUAUAUAAAAAAGAAUACAUCUCACAUCUCUCAGCACCUGACAGUAUGCCGUUGAUCCUGGUAACCUCAUCCACACCACAGGCCGCACACACCAGGUGACGCAGGGAGAGGCCAGGCUGUGCUCCAGGGUUGAAGCAACACUAACUCACCUCCACUCAUGUCAAACAGCUAGCCUUUUUCUGAGAUGUCAUGUUUUGUGUUGCUUUUGUUCUUCUAACCAGGUUUCCUAAGAGGUUGUGAAAUGUUAAGGCUUUCCUCCUGCCAGCCCAGUACCCCUGCACUCGGCCACGAGGUGAGGAGAGCCCCAGAGCCAAGGCAGGGAGGCCACCUGGCUCUCCUGGGCUGCUGGGCUUUGAAACAAACGACUCUGUGCAGACUGAAUGGUGAAUGGAUGCUGUGAUUGGAAGAGCAGUCUCCCAGGCUUUGAGGACAGGAAAUGCUGAGGGGGACAGUCUCUGUCAGACCCCUCCUCCUGUAAAUGUGGGUGUCUGGGUUUGCUCCAUUCAGCGCACACUGCAGCCCCCAACUCGGCCUGCUCAGUUCAGCCGCACAGCCCAGCAGCACCCGGGAGUGGCGUCCUGCAGGCCUAAAGCCAGAAUGCGCGCAGGCUCCUGACCCCCAGCCAGUCCCAUGGAGAAUGUACGGAGGAGAAGAGCCCCCUCCUUCCUCUCCAGACCGUCCCUUGACUUGCCCCUCCCCUCUUUCUCCCCCAGGGGAACACAGACCAAACCCUCAGGCUGGAAGGGGCCGGUGGUCAGCACCCAGCCUCUUUCUGGGGUGUUGUGCCUGCGCCCCCCCAUCCCGCUGCUCACAGGGGCAGACGGCACCUCCCCGCCUCCAGCAGCUGCUCUCACAGGCGCUGGUGAUUCUGUCUGGGAGACAUGCAGGGGUUUUCCCAAAGUGGGGCAGGCUCCUUCAGUUCCAGUACUGCGGUUAAGCUCAGGGGCGCUUUCCUUCCUGCGAGAACACUACUCGGCUAUCCCAAGUCCCCUGGGAUCCUGAGCUCAUUGGGAAAUACUGCUGAUCAGGGCUUUCUUCUUCUACACUGGAGGUGACUCCUUGGGAUAGUGGCCUCUCCUCUUUGCACAUACCUACCGGUUUCCACAACUGGAUUUCUACAGAUCAUUCAGCUGGUUAUAGGGUUUGUUUAAACUGUCCAAGUUGUCGGUGUCCUUUUGUUUUUGUUUUAUGUAGGUGGCUUUUCUUUAGGUAGAAAGAAAACACUAAUAGCGUAGUGCCCAUCAUAACAAAUGCUUCAGAAACACUUAAAUAAAAGAGACAAUUUUGCUUGAGCAAUGGUGCAGUCAUUUUGCUGGACCAAACCACCCACCUCCACCCUACCAAGGCAUCACCUAUCACAGUUCCAGCCUCGUUUUAUGCUGAAUUCCCCCUCUUCUUGAUUCCUCUCUUUCAUAUGCUCCAAAUAAUUUAACCAAGCUGAGUUAUGGCAUUUUCCAUGCAACCUCUUUCUGACGGCAGCUCACACUGCUUGAAGUAACGUGAACCACUGAGGCACAUCAUUGAAUUGAUGUGAGCAUUAAACAUUAUCACACACAGCCCUUCCCUGAGGCAGCAGGAGCUGGAAUAUUCCGGAGACACUGAACUUCAGCUGUGUGAGACCCAGACCACCCCACGUCUCCCUUAUAGGGUACCAUGACGUUUGACACACAGUUGGAAUGAGCUCCCUCCUUGGAAGAUAGAAGACCGUGUUCACAGCCAACACUGGCCUCUCCUUCCAGCCUGUUUCUUAUGACUUGGAACAUUUCCAUGGUAGGAAAAGUGGUUAUUGUGGAACUACCCAGUGGCAAAAUGCUUGGCACAAAGUGGUGUGUUUUGGUUGGGAAAGCAGAUUUACGCGCCAAGCAUGAUGCCAAAUUCGAGGCCAGUUUGUUCUCCUGAAGCCUUUUUCUCAGCAGCCCACCUGUGUGGGCAGGUGGCCGUCCGUGAUGCAGGUUCCUGUUGUGGCAAGGUCACACUAGCUCAGAUCAGUGAGGAGGCUAGGAUGCUGGUCCAAGGUCCUCCACUGUCACUGUUGGGUCCUCCCAGGGCGGUCAGUGUCAAGGGAAACUCCUUUCCAAAACAGGCUCCCUCCAGGUGACAGUAAUGCUCCGUGGUAUGCCUUGGCCCAUUCCAGCCGCCCCAGUAAUGCAUUUAAGGUUUGGGGUUUGUCCUUUUGUUAAUGUUACUUCUGUGUUCGUCGGUUGUUUUUUCAUUUCCUGGGCUAAGCAGCAUUGGGAGAUAUGGACCAGAGAUCUACUCUUUAAGAACCAGUGAUGAAAGCCAACCUUUCUUACACCACUCUGACGGAGUUGGUGGUACAAAGGAGAACUUCAAGAGAGGAUGUUGUUUAGAUUGAACCUCUGUUGCCAGAGAUGCUGAAGAUACAGACCGUGGACAGGCCAGAGGGUUUCAUUUUUGUCCUCCAGCUUAGAUGACUAGUUGGUCAUUUAGAGAAAAGCAGAUGAACACUCCUUGAAGGUGGAAGGAUCAGGCAGCAGGAAACCCUGUCACGAGGCUCGUGACAUGACAUGAAGAGAAGAAUUAUGAGCGGAGGGAUUCAGGGCUCGGAAGAAGUAUGGGCCAUGCUUUGAACUUGAUGGUUUCUGAAGGUAUCAGACCACAUCAAGGCUCAGCAGUCAUCCAUGGGCAUUUGGUGUCAACAAAUAAACCUAACAUCCUAUUUUGAAAACUGUUAUUGAGGAGUUAAGUCAAAUUGUUCAAGAACAUGAACUGCACUGCACUGUCAGUUGUCAGUUCUGGGGCAUGACUUUAGGGUUUUGUUUAAUUUUGUUGAUGCAAGAACGUAAUGAUCACUCAUCUGUACGUCCACGUUUGUGUGCGUCCACUUCUUUCUGGUAAACAUUGUUUUAAUUAGUCACUCAUUAGUGUUUUCAAUAGGGCUCUUCAGUCCAGUAGAUUACGGGUAGUCAGUUGACGAAGAUCUGGUUUACAAGAACUAAUUAAAUGUUUCAUUGCAUUUUUGUAAGAACAUAGAAUAAUUUUAUAAAAUGUUUGUAGUUUAUAAUUGAAAAAAAUAAUUUAAAGACACUUUUUUUCUCUGUGUGUGCAAAUGUGUGUUUGUGACCCAUUUUUUUCAGGACACCUGUUUACUAGCUAGCUUUACAAUAUGCCAAAAAAAGGAUUUCUCCCUGACCCACGCCGUGGUUCACCCUUCCCCCCCCAGCCCUUGCUUUGUGCCCUAGUUUAUAAAAAAGGAAUGAUGAUGAUUUAAGAAGCAGUUCUGUAUCUUCAGUAUCUUGGUCUUCCAGAAUCCUCUGGUUGGGAAGGGGAUCAUCUUUUACUGGUCAUUUCCCUUUGGCGUGUAGCUAUUUUAACAGACUGAAAGAACCUCAUUGGCCAAGGAAACAGCAGAGGUGUUGCGGCCCAGCAGUGCACGUGGCACUACUGAGCAUCUGCUUUGAGUGGUUUGGGUUUUACAGUUCUGCAAUGCCUAGACACGGGAGGAUUUGAUUGCACAGCUAAUGCCUUUCCCUGUGGUCACCGCACACAGAUGACAGUUCUCACGCUACAGAUGACAGUUCUGGUGCGUGUGGGCCGUUUGCUUACGUCCCUCAUAUAGCAGGAUUAAUGCUUUGUUGUAACGGGGAAGAAACCCUGUUUAUUUUUAUUAAGGCAGAACACCGAAGAUACAAUUUUCCAGUCCAAAACAAGUCCUUUUUAAUAAAAAUUACAUGCUAUUUUUGUUAAGUUCGACUCCAUUUCCUCUAGCUCCCAAUGGAUUAUUGGCUGUGUCUGUGCUACUCCACAAAAUCCCCCUUGCUGGAAACAUCUGGGUGUUUUGCACUACAUUGGAGAAAGGUCCAGAAACAAUUUGUUUUUUGUUUUCAACUUUUCAUUCAGAGGUUUGGCGUUGCAUAGACACAGAUGCAGGUGGAAUAGAUGCUUGGCAAAAACACCUGUCUGCUUUCUAAGCCAGUGAGGUUGUACGAAGUUUGCCAGAGUUUGUCUACCUCUGGGACAAAAAAAAAAAAAUCAAA